AUGACGAAUCACACAGAGCUGAAUGAGUUUAUUCUACUGGGAAUACCUCAGACACAGGGACUGGAGACUGUACUCUUUGUCACUUUUUCAUUCAUUUACCUCUUUACCCUGCUUGGCAAUUUACUCAUCUUUACAGCAAUUGUUUCUUCCUCUAGUCUUCGUACUCCCAUGUAUAUUUUCUUGGGACUCCUAUCUAUUUUUGACAUGUUGUUCCCAUCUAUAACCUGUCCCAAGAUGUUCUAUCUCUCUGGCCAGAGCCAUGCCAUUUCUUACAAGGGGUGUGCUGCGCAGCUCUUCUUCUAUCAUUUCUUAGGUUCUACAGAAGGCUGCUUCUACUCUGUGAUGGCUUUCGAUUGCUUUGUUGCUAUCUGUCACCCACUGAGGUACAUGCUCAUCAUCAGACCUAAAGUCUGUGUCACUUUGGUCAUGGCAGCCUGGUUGGUAGGUUGUCUUCAAGCCACCAUCCUGACUUCCUUCACCUUUCAGUUAACCUACUGUGGCAACAAUCAGGUGAACUACUUCUUCUGCGACCUCUUACCCCUGGCUUGUGCUGACAGCUCCCUGGCCCAGAAAGUGAGUUCCAUAAAUGUUGGCUUUCUGGCUUUAAUUCUUUUGUUCAGUGUUUGUGUCUCUUACACAUGCAUUGGGAUUGCCAUUUUGAGAAUCCGUUCAGCAGAGGGCAGGCAGAAAGCUUUCUCUACAUGCAGUGCCCACCUCAUUGCAAUCCUCUGUGCCUAUGGACCCGUAAUCAUGAUCUAUGUGCAAUCCACACCCAACCCCUUGCUUGGUGCUGUGGUGCAAAUAUUAAAUAAUAUCAUCUCACCCAUGCUGAACUCAUUAAUCUAUUCUUUAAGAAACAGAGAAGUGAAACAAUCCCUGAAAAGAGUGUUCCACAGUGUAGUACUCUUCCGAACUAAAUUAUGA